AUGGCUUACGAUUAUGCGCUUGUGUGAGUUGAUGCAUUCCAAUUCUAAUGCCGAAGGAUGCAAUAUUAACGGCGCUCAUAGACACCUCAAGUACACCAUUCCCCUGGCUGCACUUUUGACAUUUGUGUUAAAACCACUUCUGACACGGGUGGACUUCUACAAGACUGGGGCUUUGAUAGCAAUCGCUUUCACUGCGACAUUACCGUGGGAUUCGUACCUCAUUCACCAUGGCGUCUGGACGUAUCCACCAGACGCGAUUGUCGGGUUGCGAUUGUUUGCAGUACCAGCAGAGGAGCUGUUUUUCUUUGUGAUACAAACAUACAUUACGUCGAUGCUCUACAUCCUAUUCAACAAGCCAUUGCUGCAUGCGCAGUAUCUAACCAACAAAUCCGAUGUUUCGCUUACAAUCCAGGCAGUGCGGCUUUUGGGACAGGUGUUCCUGGCAGCAUGCACAGUCAUUGGUGGCGCCUUGGUCAGCAAGGGAGGCGAGGGCACAUAUCUUGGACUUAUUCUUGUAUGGGCCUGUCCCUUCGCUCUACUUACAUGGACAUUCUCUGGCUACUUCCUCAUCAGGCUUCCCCUCGUCUGUGUUGCUACGCCAAUUAUCUUGCCAACGCUCUAUCUCUGGAUCGUGGACGAAUUGGCACUCGGUAGAGGAACGUGGUCGAUCGAGUCUGGAACGAAGCUCGGAUGGUGUCUCUUCGGUAGCUUGGAACUGGAAGAGGCUGUGUUUUUUCUUGUCACGAACGCCUUGAUUGUAUUCGGGUUGGUGGCAUUUGACCGUGGCAUGGCCGUGCUUAACACUUUCCCGAAGCUCUUCCCAGAAGUUUCAUCUACGCCCUCGCCAUCUAUGCUACUGAAGGGCGUGCUUCUCGAUCGCUCGAAAUAUGAUAUGGAACGAGUACGUGGUAUUAGGGAAGCCGUGUGCACCUUGAAACGCAAGAGCCGCAGUUUCUACUUGGCCAGCUCGGUGUUCCCAGGUCGGGUGCGAAUUGACCUCGUCUUGCUUUAUUCGUUUUGUCGCGUCGCAGACGAUCUCGUCGAUGACGCAAGGAAUGAAGCUGAAGCCCUAGAAUGGAUCGAAAAGCUGACAAAGUAUCUGGAUCUGGUAUACUCCUCGAAGACACCGGCAUCCCCUGACGAAGAUUCUGCAGUUUUGGGUUACAUUGAGGAGAAUUUCCAUGAGCACGAUCAGUCUGCCUUGAGGUUACUUCCAGCUAAGCUUCUACCAAAAGUACCUCUAUACGAACUUCUUGAAGGGUUCAAAAUGGAUUUAGCAUUUUCACACACCGGCGGGAACGGUGAACCACACUUGCCAGGAAAUUUUCCUAUCAAGAACGAACAGGAUCUCCAACUUUACGCUUCCCGUGUCGCUAGUACUGUCGGUGAGUUAUGUCUUUGGCUCGCAUUCCAUCACGGCGAUGCCCGCAUCCCAGACAGAAACAAAAACGUUUUGGUUCAGGCGGCCAGAACUAUGGGCCAUGCGCUACAAUACGUCAACAUUGCUCGAGACAUCACGGUUGAUGCGGAUAUGGAGAGGGUUUAUAUUCCCACGAAUUGGCUCAAAGAAGAAGGGGCUACUCCUCGUGAUAUAAUCAAGGCACCAAGGCAACCAGUUGUCGAAAAGAUGAGGGAAAAGCUGUUGAAUCUUGCAUUUCAGGAAUAUGCAAGGUCACGAAUCGAUAUGGAUAUGCUUCCCCGCGACAUCAAAGGGCCACUUAUUGUGGCCGUGGAGAGUUACAUGGAGAUCGGACGAGUUUUACGAGAGAAGAAAGGAGUUCGGUCGUCCAAAAACCCGAAGAGAGCUACAGUUCCCCGGACGAGAAGGCUAUGGGUUGCUUGGAAGAAUCUUGCGGCACAAUAAGCGAUUCGAAACGUCCCAACUGAUCCUGGAACCUAUUUGUUUUUCAUUCUAGAUGUCUUGCAUAGAUCGCUCUCUGCUCACAGCCUUCAAAC